AUGGCUUGCCCCACCCCACACGCAACGAGCAACUGCAUCCUGCGCUCUCUCCAGCUGCUUCUCCCGCGCCCAACCUCACAAAUCGAUCCUGCCGGAAUGUCGGACGAGGAGCUGACCGACUCGUUGAGCCGCCAUUGCACUGUCUCAGCCGGCGCAGCGGUUGCGCCAUCGCUCGCCAGCCUUUCUCCUGACCUCCUCGUGCUCAUCUCCGGGCUUCUUCCUGGGGCCGCGGCCCUCUCUCUCGCUGCAUGCUCGUCCACAUUUCGCGAUGCCGCCCUCUCCGAGGCGAGCUGGCGCGAGCGGCUUGAGCGAGAGAUGGGCUUCUCACCCGAGGGCGUCGCGCUCUGGCCGGCUCGGGCGGGCCGCAACCCGCUCGUCGACGCCUUCCUCUACCCGCACCUGAAGCACGAGGCGCUCGAGGGUGAGCUUCUCGGUGCGCCGCGGCCAGUGCGGGCGCCGGGCUGGAGCGGAUGCGUCGACCUGCGCCUCGUGAUGGAGCUGUCCAACCCCUUCGCCGCAGAGGCGCCGCCCGGGGCCCGCUGGCUGCCUCCGACCGCGCAGCCCGCCGGCCUGCUGUCUCACGGCUGGCUGACGGUGCUGUCCGAGGUGAGGCUGCGCGUGGACGGCGUGGUGUGGGCAGCCGCGAGCAGCGCCGGGGAGCUCGCCCUCGAGGUGCUGCAGGCGACGGACGUGGCGGCGGUACGAGAGGCGGCGGGCGCAGAGCCGUGCCAUAUCCUGCAGCCGCUCGACGACGCUAUCGCCGCUUCGGAGCGAGAGGGCGUCGCGAUGCCCUCCAUGCACGCGCAGGCGCACGGCGCGGAGGAGCAGGCAGAGGCGAAGGACUUGCCCGGCGUGUACGAGCGCUGUCCCCACUCGCUCCCCUGCGUCCUCUUCCCCGCGAACCCACCUGCGCGGCUGAGCUUUACCACGCUCCGCCGAGCGACUUGCGUCGUUGCUUUGUAA